UCUUAUUCGGAUACGAUACAGGGUGAGCAUCACGACCCGACCCUUCCGCUUCAAUCUGUUUGGGUUCCAAUGCGUUAAAGAAAAAAGAAGAUAAAAAAAUAAAGGUAGUGCGAUGUGCUAAUUUACCACUUUUUUAUAUAAAGGACGAUAAAUGGUAUUCUUGCGAUGACUUCGUUCAGGAGUCAAUUCAACACCGGUUACCGAGAUCAUGACGGCAGUUAUGACCUUUCCCCUUCUGAAAUUUCCAUCAUCGUCGCCAUCUUAAGUGCCGGUACCGUCGCUGGUGCCAUCAUCGCCGCCCCUCUUGGUGAUUGGAUAGGCCGUCGAAUAUCCAUCAUCGCCUCCGUCUGCGUCUUUUGUUUCGGCGUCAUAUUCCAAGUUUGCGCGGAUGCUAUUCCGAUGCUAUUAGCGGGCAGGUUCUUCGCUGGUGUUGGUGUCGGAUCCGUAUCUGUCCUCGUCCCUUUAUAUCAAUCUGAGAUGGCCCCGAAAUGGAUUCGUGGUACGUUAGUUUGCGCAUAUCAACUUUCAAUAACGUUCGGUCUAUUGGCGGCAUCCAUCGUCAAUCUCCUCACUCAAAAGAUGGCCGGUCCACCCGCGUAUCGGAUCCCCAUGGGCCUUCAGCUCACUUGGGCCUGCGUACUAUGUCUCGGCCUGCUCGUCCUCCCCGAAACCCCUCGAUUCCUCAUUAAACAGGGCAAUAAGCAUGCCGCUGGUCUCGCUCUUAGUCGUCUUCGCCGUCUCGAUAUAACACAUCCCGCCCUCGUCGAAGAACUCGCCGAGAUCGAAGCGAACCACGAAUACGAACUCGCACUGGGAACUGCCUCAUACCGUGACCUUUUUAUCGGAACGCCUCAUCUCGGCCGCCGGACAUUAACUGGCUGCUGUCUUCAGAUGUUGCAGCAACUCACCGGUAUCAACUUCAUCAUGUAUUACGGAACUACUUUUUUCACUACCGCCGGUGUCUCGGACCCUUUCCUAAUCUCCCUCGUCAUGAACGUCAUCAAUGUCGUAUCGACCAUCCCCGGAUUAUUCGUCGUAGAAACCUGGGGCCGUCGGAAAUUACUCAUCGUCGGUGCGCUAGGCAUGGCCGUGUGCCAACUCAUCAUCGCCAUAUUUUCUACCCUUGCGAGCGACUCGCAGAGCUCAUUGGUAGCCAAACUUCUCAUCGUCUUCGUCUCCUUAUUCGUCUUCUUCUACGCUGCCUCGUGGGGUCCGGUGACCUGGGUCGUUACAUCGGAAAUAUAUCCUCUCAAGAUUCGCGCAAAGUCCAUGUCGGUUUCCACGGCGUCUAAUUGGUUAUUAAAUUUUGGCAUCGCCUACGGCACGCCCUUUAUGGUGGAAGAAGGAAACGGUUAUGCCGCCUUAGGGGCUAAAGUCUUCUACGUGUGGGGAGCUUUCUGCGUGCUUGCCGCCAUCUUUGUAUAUGGCAUGAUUUACGAGACGAGCAAGAUCAGCCUGGAGCAGAUCGACGAGAUGUACGAGCGUGUUCCCUUCGCGUGGAACAGCAAAGAUUUCGAACCGAGCUGGAGUUUCCAACAGUUGCGCGACACCGGAUUUGCAGAUAGCGGUGUCCCACCACCCGAACACGAAUUACAAGCCUCUAGAACGACGACGACUACUAGUACUAGCGAGAGCGUACAGACGAUACAUACUACAGAUUCUAACCCUAACGACAGCCAAUCGGAAGAGGAUAAGAUAAUAAAUCAAAUGGGUAUGGGUAAUGUCGACUUCAGCUAUUGAUCCUCGAUCCUCGAUCCUUUCUCAUCGUCUGUCGGUACGCAACCGCCCGUGUCUUGGUUAUGAUGGCCUCCGCCUAAGAGGCUUAGGGUUUUCUGUUCUUUGGUGUUACAUCGGAUAUAUAAGCGUAGGAGUUCAACGCGGCGGAGUUUACGGCAACGGGAGUUGGGACUGCUGGGGAAUCAUUCACAAUUGGGAUUUCUGGGACGGCGGGCUUUGGUUUGGCGGGUUACUACGGGCGGCAUCAUGUCAAAUCAGGCGACGCAUCAUUUUGGGGAACAAUCACCGGUUCGCGUUGGGCAUAUAUUAGCAACCGCCUCGAAAAAAGGCGCGAGGCGUGCACGGCCUCUGGGCCGCAUAGGUCUCUCCUCCUUUUUUUAUUAUUAUUCUCGUCUAGGAACUUGGGCUUAUUCCUCGACAUGCCCGUAUUGUAUACAGGCCAAGAUGUCUUCGCGUUACGUUGUAUACCGCUGUGUAGUGUAGGUGGCCUCGAGGGAGAUGCUACUACUGUUUUUGCGGGUACCACAGCACGGCUUGAAUAGAUAGAUAGACAUGUGGUCGAGUUGAUCUGUUGGCUAGCUAGCUAGCUGCUUGGCGAAUUCGAAAAAAGUCGAAAUGUUCAAACAAAUAUCUUGUCCGAUCCACACUACGUGAUUGUCAAUGUAUGUAUUGUACCUAGG